AUGGCUUCCAAAGACAAAGACUUGUCUCUGGUAGACUAUCGUCAGCGCCUGAUCUAUUUCAAAGACGCCGAUGCAGAGAGAAAUAGUAUGAUCCAUGUGAAAGAAACCGUUCUAACUGCGCUGUCUGCAACAGCUUGCCAAUUCUUACGGCAGGGACUCACCGAGAAGCUGGAGCAAGCACAGAUAGGGUUUCGACAAAUAUCGCUGGAUUUAGAAAGCGAACGAGGCCAACGGCGCAUACUUCAGAGCCGUGUCGAAGAUCUAGAAGCCUUGACUAAUCGUCCAGGAUUCAUCUUGGUGUUGAUAGAUGCCGACGCAGAUGACUACGCUUUCCACGAGAAAUUCUUAAGCAGAAACGAGGCAGGCGGCAGAGAUGCUGCGGAUGAACUGCAAGCUAGAACCAAAGACUAUGUGAAGAAUGUUAAGCUUGAUGCCGAAAACACCGACAUCACAGUCCGAGCAUACGCGGGUUUGAAGAGCCUCAGAUCAGCUUGUGUGAGGAACGGAAGGAUGAAAGAGAGCUCCAGCAUGAGUUUAUUUGCUCAUGGGUUCAACCAGCGGCAAGCAUUGUUCGACUUCGUCGAUGUUGGUCCAGGGAAGGAGGGGGCUGAUAACAAAGUUCGAGAGUGUCUCAACUUGUUCGUCGAAUUUUGGGGAUGCAAGCACAUUGUCCUCGGUGCUUGCCACGACUCAGGCUACGCAUCCUUUUUGGGAAAGUUUGCGGGCGAUGUUUCAAUCAGAGAUCGCAUCACACUCCUCCACGGCGAUACGAUUCAUCUCAGGAUCGCGGAAUUAGGUUUUACGGAGACUCUGCGACUCAAGUCGGUCUUCGCGACGCACAAGACAUCCGCUGUCCCCAGGGUUUUCGCCAAUGCUAGAGUUUCCGCGACACCGAUUUCGCCCUCGGCAUCGGUUGCAGCUUCUUCAGUCAAGCACCCCUUCAAUCCCGCGGCCUUGACUGAUAGAUUUGGUAUUGUCUUUCGCGACGACACUGGCAAGCGGGUGGAUAAGCUGCUAGGCGUUGAUGCCAACACCCCGUACGUGAACUAUUUACGCCAAGCAAACAUGUGCGGGUGGUAUUACUUGCGUGGCAAAUGUGAUGGCUGCGAUAGGAAUCAUGUUCCUCUCCCUCUCAAAGCCAGGGAGUUUGACUGUUUAUGGUUUCUUGUACGCCAUGGAUUGUGCUUCAAGGUUCGCAAGGGCAAGGAUUGUGACGACCCGAAGUGUAUCUACGGACACGAAGAAGGUCUUCCGAUAGGUUCGGUGACGGGCUGA